AUACAGAAUUCAGAAGUCAUCUCUACAACCUGUUGAAGAGAUUCUAGUUCCAAAAAUACAGUGAGUAAUCAAAUUACUGAUUUCUCAAGUUCAUAUCUGUUUAUGGGUUAUUUAAUUGUCUCUGUCUGUUUGUGUUUUUUUUACUUAUUUAGAGUACAGCUUGAGAGGGAAUUGAGCUUGAGUACUGAAAAGAGAUUAACUUUCAAUGCAAUCGUUCCAACCCAUGAGCCCAUUUCAAUCCAAAAGAGUACAAACACUUUGGACCAGAUAGAUAGAGCUGUCAAUGAUAAAGAGCAUGAAGAAGCUAAAGACAGGUCUUCUCGACACCUUCCUAAUAAUCGGUAUAUGAAUUGCAGAGACAGUAGCGAUGAAGAAACCGAAUUAAAUGCUGAUGUUGACAGUGGUGAAGAUGAAAGUAGUAUAAUUGAGAAAAUAUGGACUGAAGAAGUAAUCCCACCUGCUUCAAUGGAAUCAAAAACAGAUGAGUUAAACAGGUGUGUGGGAUUCAAUGAUUGUUCCCCAAUUCAAAAGACUCGAGAUAGGACUGGCAAUAACAAGAACUUCCAUCCUGUUCUCAACCCAGUAGAGAACAUUUCUCAAUGGAAAGUUGCUAAAAUCCAAGAAACAAUAUUAACCCAACCGGAACUUGAAAAGGAAAAUCAUGAUAUCAUUCAAAGCUACGAUGAACCCACGAUUAUUUCCAAGUCGAAAUUCAAUGAAUCCAGAGGAUCAUUGAAUCAAGAAAUUUCAGUUGAUGCUAGUUUGUCAAAUUGGCUUGAUACAUCAGGAACCACAACUCCACCUCCCCAAAAGAAGGCCAGCUGCAAUGGGCUUGAGAUUGAGAGGCUUUCUUUUUCAGGGAAAAGUGUGUCAAAAGGAUCAAAUCCAAUGUGGAGUAUUGAUGAUAGGCCUAUUUUAGGUGCAUUAACGUUGGAGGAGAUUAAACAGUUUUCUGCUACAUCUACUCCAAGAAGAUCACCAAUUCGAAGCCCUGAAGACAUGCCGAUAAUUGGAAGUGUUGGCACUUACUGGAGUAAUGAAACUUGUCAUGAUGAAUCUGGAUCAUCAGUUUCUUCUUGUUAUAAGGGGGGUUCAAAUUCAACUAGAAAGUAUAGAGAGGAUAAGAAAGUGAAUGGGCACUACACACCAUUUAAGGAGAGGUUAGAUAGAGCCUCGCGAACAAACUCUCCAGUGCCUAAGAGGCACAUUUAGAUUCAAUUGUGUGUUCUGGAUUUUGGAUUGCGUUUUUCUUUUUUGAUGGAUUGCGUUCAUUUGUUUGUGAUUACUCAAGUAUGUUCUUGGUUUGGUUGUUUCUCUAUGAUAUUUAAAUUAUAGACUUUGAUCAA